CUACAUUCUUGCACAGACAGAAACACAGCUCUUGACUUGGUGUGUGUGUGUGUGUGUGUGAGUGUGUGUCUGUGUGUGUGUGCGCGUGUAUGUGUGAGCACUACUGAUAGAGUUGAGACAGCUUUUUAUUCUUCCAUUUAUAACUAUGGUAUAGCAUUAACCCAUGAACUAGAGAACAAUGUAGUAAACUAGAUGUCUCCUUAUUUUGGAGGUAAAAAAUGGAAACAUCAUUAGUUUUCUCACUUAAAUAUGUGUGAAUCAAAAGAAAAAAUUUUCUUCAAGCUCAUACAUGGUACAGGAAAAGAAGAAACAAGCAAAGAGGCCAAAAUCAGAGCUAAGGAAAAAAGAAACAGGCUAAGUCUUCUUGUUGAGAAAGCUGAGUUACAUGAAGAGACCCACUCCAGUAGAUCUGGGCCUUUGGCCAAAGAAACGAGUGUCUCCCCUGAAGAAGCAGUGAAAUGGGGUGAAUCAUUUGACAAACUGCUUUCCCAUAGAGAUGGACUGGAUGUUUUUACCAGAUUUCUUAAAACCGAAUUCAGCGAGGAAAACAUUGAAUUUUGGAUAGCCUGUGAAGAUUUCAAGAAAAGCAAGGAACCUCAACAAAUUAUCCUUAAAGCAAAAGCAAUAUACAAGAAGUUUAUACAGAAUGAUGCUCCAAAAGAGGUUAAUCUUGAUUUUUACACCAAAGAAAUCAUUUCUAAGAGUAUCAUUCAUCCCACACUCCACAUUUUUGAUGCUGCACAAAGCAAAGUGUAUCAGCUCAUGGAACAAGACAGUUACACACGUUUUCUGAAAUCUGACAUCUAUUUAGACUUGAUAGAAGGAAGACCUAGGAGACCGACAAAUCUUAGGAGACGAUCACGCUCCUUUACCUACAAUGAAUUCCAAGAUGUAAAAUCAGAUGUUGCCAUCUGGUUAUAAGUAAAAUUGAUUUCGCUCAUUUUGAUGGUAAACUUGUCCAUCUUCUAUGAUGUAUCACAUUUAUGUUAAGAAAUGAUUACAUUUUUAAAGUGAAGUAUGACGUGAAAUGAUUUAAAAAUGUAAACCCAAACUUUCAUACAAAAAAAUACAUACUGUAUCUUCCAAUAUAUUCUGUAAUUUAAAAACCUUCCAUUUGAUAUCUUUCCAAUCAUAAUCAGAAAAUGCAUUUCUUAGCUAAAAGGCAGUAAAUAAGCCUUAAAAUUGAAUGUUUUAUUAGAUCGUGAAAUAAAGGUUAAGUUUUUGCAAAA